AUGAACUACGAUGUUAGGACUAUUGGUGAUUAUGAAGUGCAUAUUACUAAAUGUAUUGGGUAAGGAAGUUAUGGAAAGGUCUAUGAUGGAAGAAUAAUCAGUUAAAAUAGAAUAAUAUGUGUCAAGGUAUUGAAAAUGAAAUGAGAGUAGGUUUUACAUUUGACAGAAGAGAAAAGAUAAAUGUUUCUAAGAGAAGUCGAAAUUCUUGAGGAAAUUAAGAAGGUUACUCAUCCUAAUAUUGUCAAAAUUUAUCAUUUAGCAGAGUAGAAUUAAAAAAUAUAUAUUUUCAUGGAAAAGUGUAAAGAGAACCUUGAACAAUAAAUUCAGAAACAGAAAAAGUAGAAUUAAUCAUUUUCAGUUGAUUAAGUGCUCUUUAUUGCAAAAUAAAUCUGCAGAGGAUAUAAUGAAUUAAGAAAGAAAAAUAUAAUCCACAGAGAUAUAAAGCCUGAAAAUAUUUUAUUAGGAGAGGAUGGAUAAUAUAAAGUAUUUUCUUUUUAAACUUANCUCUUCUGA